AUGGCCUUUUAUGAUAUCUACUUCUAUUUUACAGCGGCGGUAGGAAGUUCUGGAAGCACUGGAGCUACCCGAGUUGCUGGCGGAAGUCAAACACUUAACAGCGGUACGGUUAUACAAGGCUCAGGCAAUGCAGUUUCCUCACUGGCCAAUGUAGCGCCUCAGGUUGGCCUCGAUAUAGAUUUACUAAAUGCUGUAACUCAAACGGGCGGCGGCGGCGGUGGUGCUGGAUUGCUUGGUGGCUUAUUGGGCGGCGGCGCUGCCAAUAACCUUGGAGGCCAUUUACCUCCAACCCCACGACCAACUCUGCCUCCUACACUUCCUCCAUUACCCCCGACACUACGUCCAACUCCACCUCUCACACUUCCUCCGACUGUACCGCCAACUCCCCCUACACUUUUACUAACUUUGCCCCUUUAUCCUCCAACUUACCCGACUGCACUAAACGUACCUUAUGCCUACCCUCCGCAACCACCAUCGCCGUCCUACUUGGCACCACCUUUACCACCACAAUUCCCUAAAGCUAACUGCUUUGAAAUUACGGAUUACGAUCUAAAUGGGAAUAAGGGUCAAUCUCGUAUAGUGUGUGUUCCACCUCCGUCCCCGCCAACACGUCGUUGUUUCCUCCGCCGUUGCAACAAAUGGUCAAAUCAAGCAGAUACCAGCUGCUGUUUUGAAAACCAUCCACAUUCGCAACCACAUGCACCUAUACCCGCACCUGCGCCAGCACCGAUUUACGAAUCGCCACAACCUGGACAGAUAGAGUCACCGAUAAAUCUAAGAUACGAUCAUUUCUACCCUUAA